UCUGCAGAGGAGGAGCGGGAGGAGGGAAAAGCCGAGGAGACGCCGGGAACCGAGCAGCGACGGGAGAUGUGCGCCCUGUGACACCAGCGUCCUUGCAGUGUGACGGAAGGGUAACCAAUUCAUGGUGCUUUAACACAAACCAUUAAUCACUUGGAUUGCGACUACUAGAUGUGUUCUACAGAAGCAGCUUCAGGUUUCCUUGACUGUCUACGUGAUAGGAAAGCUCACCUGUUCUGCUUUGGCUCUGGCAGUUUGAGGACUACUAUGUUGGUCUCUGACCCCCAGCCCUCAGUAACCUGCUUGAAGCUAAGAAAACAAGGUACUUAAUCGUGACUUUUGCCUCAUUGUAGUUUUCCCACCAAUCUUGGGCACAGCUUGUGAAGUCAACCAUGUGCGCCGAAGGGUAUCGGUACCGCGCGCUCUAUGAGUACAAGAGAGAGCGAGAGGAGGAUAUCGAUUUGAUGAUCGAUGACAUUCUCACCGUUAGUAAAGGCUCUCUGGGGUCUCUUGGUUGUAAGGAAGGGGACGAGCAGAGCCCUGGCCAGAUCGGCUGGAUUACAGGAAUCAACGAACGGACCAAGCAGAAGGGUGACUUCCCCGGCACCUACGUGGAGUUCUUGGGACCAGUUGCAAUCUCAUUACCUAUGCAGAAAUCCAAGCAGCCCAGACCAUUGCCUCUGACACCAGGAGGCAGCACGUCCAAGAUGGAGGCAGCAGAAGAACACUAUAUGACUAAUUUGCCGGACGUGACCGAGCAGUCUACUACUCCAGAUGUGGUGUCUCCAAUCCUGGUCAAGUUGAUCGAAGCCAUUGAAAAGAAAGAUUUGCGAAGUGAAGCUCUGUACAGGACAUCUGGGUCUCCUGCUGGAUGGGAACUCCAAGAAUCCCUGCACAGCGAUGCAAAUUCAACAGACAUCGAACAGUUUGAUCUGCAGUCCCUCACGGAUGCAUUGAAGGGUUACCUACAGGACCUUCCGAAUCCUGUUCUACCAGUUAGUGUGUAUAACGAGCUUCUCUACUCUGUGCAAGAGGUUUCCAACGCGAAGGAAUGCAGCCAGCAGCUGCGGCACAUCCUCCAGUCCCCUGCCGUCCCGCUGCAGAACCAGCUCACCCUUCAGUGUCUCGUCAGGCACUUGAACACUGCCUGCCAGCACUCCGGGACAAACGGACUCACCCACAGGGCCGCGGCUGAGAUAUUUUGCCCUUUGCUCUUCAGGCUACAGUCGUCAGAGAACGAAGUGAAUCCUGAGCAUCUGAUUGGAGUGAUCGAAACUCUAGUGAAGGAAGGCGGCUGGGAGGAAGAGCAAGUGGCCCCAGCCUUACCGCCCAAACCAGUGAAGAACAAAGCAACAGUGAACAGUGUGGUCAAUGCAGCCGUCAAUGGGAACAGCAUGGCGCUGCAGGAUGGGGAGUGGUACUGGGGCGAUAUAUCCAGGGAAGAAGUGAACGAGAAACUCAGAGACACGCCCGACGGGACUUUCCUGGUUCGAGACGCCUCCACUAAGAUUCAGGGAGAUUAUACCCUCACCCUGAGGAAAGGAGGAAACAACAAGCUGAUAAAGAUCUUCCACCGCGAUGGGAAGUACGGGUUCUCCGAACCGCUGACGUUUAACUCGGUGGUGGAGCUGAUCAACCACUAUCGCCACGAGUCGCUGGCUCAGUACAACUCUAAACUGGACACCCGCCUCCUGUACCCGGUGUCGAGGCAUCAACAGGACCAGCUGGUCAAGGAGGGCAGUGUGGAGGCAGUGGGUGAGCAGCUGAAAGUUUACCAUCAGCAGUAUCAGGAGAAGAGCCGAGAGUACGACAUCCUGUAUGAGGAGUACACCAGGACCUCGCAGGAGAUUCAGAUGAAGCGCACGGCGAUUGAAGCUUUCAACGAAACCAUAAAGAUCUUUGAAGAGCAAUGCCAGACUUGGGAUCGCUACAGCAAAGAGUACAUAGAGAAAUUCCGGCGGGAGGGGAACGAGAAGGAGAUACAGAGGAUUCAGCUGAAUUUCGAGAAGCUGAAGUCUCGGAUCACCGAGAUACACGACAGCAAACUGAAGCUGGAGCAGGACCUGAAGAACCAGGCCACGGACAACAGGGAGAUCGACAAGAAGAUGAACAGCCUCAAACCGGACCUCAUGCAGCUCCGCAAGAUCCGAGACCAGUACCUUGUGUGGCUGAACCAGAAAGGGGUUCGACAGAAGAAGAUUAAUGAAUGGCUGGACGUCAGGAACGAGGCGGCAGAGGACCAAUAUUCCAGUCUGGAUGAUGAGGAAGACCUGCCUCAUCACGAGGAGAGGACCUGGUACGUGGGGAAGAUUAAUCGGACGCAAGCCGAAGACCUCCUCGCUGGGAAGCAAGACGGAACAUUCCUGAUCCGGGAGAGCAGUCAGAGAGGCUGCUACGCUUGCUCAGUGGUUGUGGACAGUGACGUGAAACACUGCGUUAUAUACAAGACUGCUACGGGCUAUGGAUUUGCGGAGCCAUACAAUCUCUAUGGCUCUCUGAAGGACCUUGUCGUACAUUACAAGUAUACCUCGCUUCUACAGCACAACGACUCGCUCAACGUCACUCUGGCUUACCCCGUCCUCGCUCCACAAGCCAGAUAAUUACAUACCCCCCCCCACCCCCGCCCUCCCCCAAACCCCACC